AUGAGAGAAUGUAUCAGCAUUCAUGUUGGUCAGGCCGGCGUCCAAAUUGGCAACGCCUGUUGGGAGCUGUACUGUCUGGAGCACGGAAUUCAGCCCGAUGGCCAGAUGCCGAGCGACAAGACAAUUGGAGGUGGCGACGACUCCUUUAACACUUUUUUCAGCGAGACUGGUGCAGGUAAGCAUGUUCCUCGAGCCGUCUUCAUCGACCUUGAGCCGACCGUCGUCGACGAGGUGCGCACAGGCACGUAUCGCCAACUCUUUCAUCCGGAACAACUGAUCACCGGCAAAGAGGAUGCUGCCAACAACUACGCGCGGGGGCAUUACACCAUUGGCAAGGAGAUUGUGGACCUUGUGCUUGAUCGGAUUCGAAAGUUGGCCGAUCAGUGCACAGGAUUGCAGGGAUUCCUUAUCUUCCAUUCAUUCGGUGGAGGCACGGGAUCUGGUUUCACUUCACUGCUGAUGGAACGACUCUCCGUCGACUACGGAAAGAAGUCAAAACUCGAGUUUUCAGUCUAUCCAGCACCACAGAUUUCUACUGCUGUAGUAGAGCCGUACAACUCCAUCCUGACCACCCACACCACGUUGGAGCACUCAGAUUGCGCCUUCAUGGUGGACAAUGAAGCGAUCUAUGAUAUUUGCCGCCGCAAUCUGGACAUCGAGAGGCCGACCUAUACCAAUUUGAAUCGAUUGAUCGGCCAGAUCGUCAGUUCUAUCACCGCCUCUCUUCGUUUUGACGGCGCGCUUAACGUUGACAUCACAGAGUUUCAAACCAACUUAGUGCCAUAUCCUCGCAUUCACUUUCCCCUGGCCACGUAUGCGCCCACUGUCUCUGCUGAAAAGGCCUAUCACGAACAGUUGAGCGUAGCUGAGAUCACCAAUGCCUGUUUCGAACCUGCCAACCAAAUGGUCAAGUGUGAUCCUCGACACGGUAAAUACAUGGCCUGCUGUAUGUUGUAUCGGGGCGAUGUUGUGCCAAAGGAUGUGAACGCGGCGAUUGCCACAAUUAAGACGAAGCGAACAAUUCAAUUUGUCGACUGGUGUCCCACCGGAUUCAAGGUGGGCAUCAACUACCAGCCCCCCACUGUAGUGCCAGGCGGCGACUUAGCCAAGGUGCAGAGAGCGGUCUGUAUGUUGAGCAAUACGACUGCAAUAGCAGAAGCCUGGGCCCGUCUUGAUCACAAAUUUGACCUGAUGUACGCAAAACGUGCAUUUGUGCACUGGUACGUCGGUGAAGGUAUGGAGGAGGGCGAAUUUUCAGAGGCUCGGGAGGAUUUAGCUGCUCUUGAAAAGGACUAUGAAGAGGUCGGCGCUGACAGUGUGGAAGGAGAAGGUGAAGAAGAGGGUGAAGAGUAUUAA